AUGGAUGCGACAGCUCCUUACCUUGAUUUCUGGCCGCGGAUACAGAAGAGUCUUGCGAGUGCUGAUAUUGAAACCGCAUGGUUCCAUUGCACAUAUACACUGACACCGCAUGCGGCGUAUCCGACUCAAUUUGAGGAAGCCGUUGAAGCUCUACGGUAUAUUGUAGAGGAUCUUGGCCGCUCACCGUCGCAGAUUCUACUAGCUGGAGAUUCGGCUGGCGCGAAUUUGUGCCUGGCAGUCCUGUCCCACCUAACGCAUCCCUCCGAUGGCGUGCCAGAUGUAGAAGCCAGUGAACACAGGGAUAUCGAUGCAAGGGAGGUCAUGACGGAGUGGUCGCGAGCGUAUCCGAAUGGGUGGCCAUCCAAUAACUACAUCGAAGCGGCAGAAGCAUCAGAAGGGUGGUGGAACAACACUCAAGUCCAGCAGAUUCUGGUACUUGCCGGUGGUGACGAGGCUCUAUUAGAUCCAAUUAAAGCUUGGGUGAACAGGUUCAAAGUAAGUGGCUACAGGAUAUAA